AUGACGCGUCCCUCCUCAGGUUACAAAUGCGAAGAAUCUAUCUCCUGGUUGCAAAUGCGAAGAAUUUAUCUCCUGCUUGCAAAUGCGAAGAAUCUAUCUCCUGCUUGCAAAUGCGAUACGUCCGUCCUCGGUUAUAAAUGCGACGCACGUGUCCACAUGUUGCAAAUGCGACGCAUCUGUUCUCAUGUUGCAAAUACAACGCAUCCAUUCUCAUGUUGCAAAUGCGACACAUCCGUUCUCGUGUUGAAAAUGCGACGCAUCCUUUCUCAUGUUGCAAAUGCGAUGCAUCGAUUCUCAUUUUGCAAACGCGACGCAUCCGUUCUCAUGCUGCAAAACCGACACGUCUGUCUUUCGGUUGCACAAGCGACGCAUCAGUCGUUAGGUUGCAAAUGUGACACAUUUGUUCUCAUGUUACAAAUGCGGCGCAUCGGUCUUCAUGUUACAAAUACCUUGCAUCCCACCUCAUGUUACAAAUGCACUGCAUCCGUCCCCAUGAGACAAAUGCAUCAUAUCUAUCUUCAUCAUGAAAGCACAUCGCAGUAA